AUGUCUGACCCUCCUCCAGUUAUUACCCCUAAACCAAAACAGGUGCGAACCCACCAGCCUACGUACCAGCUGAAUCCACGAAAACGAUUUGACGAGGAGACGGUGAAGAAGAUCCUCAAACAAGUCGUGGACCAUGAGUUAGAAGAGGUCGAAUACAACGACAAAAUAGUUUCCGACUUGUCUGUUUCCCUGGCCGAAAACAUUCGCAACGCCGUGAAAGAAGAAAACUAUGACAGAUACAGGAUAAUAGUGAUCGUGACAAUCGGCCAGAAGCGGCAGCAGGGGAUGCACAUGUACCACUCGUUCCUCUGGGACUACGAACGUGAUGCAUUCGCCUCACACUCCUUCGAGAAUUGUCAUAUCUUCGCCCUCGCUGUUGUCUACGGUAUAUAUUUGGACUAAA